AUGGAUAUGAACCAGUUCAUUGGUUAUGUCGGGACUUUGCACGAAAUCAAUCCAGAAGCCUCUACCAUCGCUCUCGAAAAUGUCAUUUCACACGGCACGGAAGGGCGACGCGGAAAUCCUGCUGAUGAGAUUGCCCCGUCUGCGAGCGUCUACGAGUACAUUGUGUUCCGUGGCAGCGAUGUAAAGGACAUCAAUUUUGCGGAUGAGCCCAAGGACAACCCGCCGGCAGAACCGCCACAAAUGCCAGAUGACCCCGCUAUCCUAGGAAGCUCCUCACGUCCUGGCCCUCCCCAGGGAGGAGCGGGCCGCGGCCAGCCAAGUCAAUUUCCUCAGCCACCUCGUCAAACACCCCCCGGAUUCCCCCAGCAACCGCCUUUCCCUGGUUAUUAUAAUCCGUAUGGUCAGCGCUUUGGACCCCCUGGCUUUCCACCUGGCCCCGGUUUCCCUGGCAUGCCAUACAACAACGGACCUCAGGGCUGGUACCCUCCCCCCGGCCAAGGAUUUCCGCAACAACCUGGACAUUUCCCUCCGCCUCCGAUGCCAAUUGGGCCUCCCCAGAUUCAGCAAGGGCAACAGCAGCGUCCACCCACGCAGCCAGGUCCAAUAGCACCGAGUAUUCCCAAACCUACCUCCGAACUCCCAGUCGGCGAAAAGCCAGCGAACAAACCCUCGAGCAAGCCAACUACGCCGGCCCCAGCGCCUACCGGUGCAGCCGCACCACCAAGCGGGGCCCCUGAAGGGCCCGAUACAAAGAAAGCCCAGUUGCAGCAGAAAGUCGCCAAUGGCGGCCCGAUCACCGCUCCAUCGGCGCCCGCGAUGAAUGGUACAGCAAACGCCAAGCCUACCCAAGUCCCGCCCACUAAACCCGAACGAAUCAUGCCGGCAAUCCCUAUUUCGACUCCUGCAACAAAACCUCCCGUUCCAGUACCCAAUAAUGCUCCCAUCUCGGGGAGCACUGCUCCGCAACCGACCAUUCAAAACGGCCGUGCUCCUUCAGUAAUGCAAGAGGCUACCAGAGCUGCGACGGCUGCUGUGGCUGCCGCGAUGGCUAAGUUACCCCAACCUCCAUCUGGCCAGACAAAACAGCCAUCAGUCGAGGCGACUGUCGAGUCAGUAACCAAGAAGGUUGGCGACAUGAAACCAUUUGAAGGUGAACGCCCAUCUCGUGGGGGACAUCAGAAUGCUCGCGGAGGGCGUGGUCGGGGCGGUUAUCAUCAGGCCCAUGCCAAGAAAGUCGAAGUUCCGACCACGGAUUUCGAUUUCGAGUCCGCCAAUGCCAAGUUCAACAAACAAGAUGUUGUCAAGGAAGCCAUUGCAUCAGGAUCCCCGCUUGCAGAAUCUGAGGAUAAGAUUGCUAACGGAGUUCCGGCGACAAAUGGUGCCGACGGAACAAUGGCACCAAACGCAACGAAUCUUGCGACUGGUAUCGCAUACGAUAAAUCGUCAUCCUUUUUCGAUAACCUUUCUAGCGAGGCUCGUGAUCGGGAAGGAGGAGCUCGUCGUGGGCGCCGUGGCGAAGAGGAAAAGAAGAAUAUGGAAACCUUUGGACAAGGAAGUGUAGACGGAGGUUAUCGUGGCGGGUUUAGAGGGCGUGGAAGAGGACGAGGUUACGGUCGUGGUCGAGGUCUGUAUGGCCAUAGGAAUGCUGGUGGGCGUGGCCGUGGAAAUCUACGCGGUGGACGUGAAGCUUCUAAUGUCAGCGGCGCUCCUGCGCAGACAUCAUAA